AUGGAGUGUGGAAAGAGCUUCAACUAUUCCAGUGGCUUCAUUUUCCAUAAACGGAACCACACAGGGGAGAAACCAUAUAAAUGCUUGGUAUGUGGAAAGGGCUUCAGAAGAAGCAAUUUGCUUAAAUGCCAUCAAAGGAUCCACACAGGGGAGAAACCAUACAGAUGCAUUGAGUGUGGAAAGAGGUUCAGUUACUCCAGUGGCCUCAUUUUCCAUAAACGGAGUCACACGGGAGAGAAACCAUAUAAAUGCAUGGAGUGUGGAAAGGACUUCAGUAUAAGCAGUGCCCUUACUGUCCAUAAAAGGAUGCACACAAGGGAGAAGCCAUUUAAAUGCAUGUAG